AUGAUAUCAACCACAACACACACACAAGACCAAACCAAAGAUGUUGUUGCCUCGGCCCCCCACAUCCAGUACUAGUACAUGCAGGACCUCCUCUUCAUUUGGAAAUGUGCUUAUAUCAGUUUUGUUGGUUGCCAAUCUGUUGGCGUUUGUUGCUCUGUGCUGUCAGCAGCAACAGCAUGAACUACACGUAAAAGUCCACACACUUCAAGAGCGUCCAAAUCACCACCGUGCCUUACUGGGUGACGAUAGUAGUACUAGUAGAACUAGUAGUAGUAGUAGUCUGUUGAAUGUCAAGAUCCUGGUGGCGAUUGCCGCGUAUGAUUUUUCUCAAUUGCCGCAUUUGGAAGAAGUACUGGAUGGCUAUCACGAUUUGUGUGUGAGUGGCGCCAUUGUCAAGGUGGUCAUCCACACCACUGUGGCCUGGCCGGUGCCCUUGUUGGAUCUGCUACAGACCCGAUUCCCCUGUUCCCAGUUUACCAUGGACAUUGUGCUCAAAUUGCCACGCAUUCGAUUGCAUCUCGUCGAUUGUCACCGAAAACUCUUUUACACGCAUUUGGAAGAGUACGAUCUAUUCAUUUACACAGAAGACGAUCAGAGAGUCACACCCCGAACAGUCGCAACCUACUUGCAAGAAACAAACAAGAUUGAACAGCUCAUCAGUCAUCAGGAGGAAGGACACAAACAAUACCAACCGGCCGAUUUCAAUGUGGGCAUUGUCCGAUACGAGUACAAUUUCCCCGCCAACAUGGUCAUUGACGAUUCCACACGCGCCGCCACGGAAAAUGUCACGCGCGUCUAUUGGGAACAUUCCAGUUUCAAACCACCCAUUGUACCCAAUGCCAUGGAUGCCGUGCCACAGCAUCCUUUGGCAGGCAAGUAUGUGCACAUGAAAAAUCAUCAUCAGGGCAUGUUCUUGGCCACACGCGCCCUCCUCAAAGCGUGGAAAGAUCGAUGUCAAUUUGAUGUGGCGUCCAAUCGACCCGGACAAAAGAAAAAUCCAUCCCAACCUCUCUUUGGGACACAACGCGUUUGGAUGAGUUCCCAACAAUUGUACGGAAACAAAUUCGGAUGUGCGGUCCAACAGGUACUGCCGCUCGACAACUUUGGGGCACUGACGGUACAUCAUUUACCCAACAAGAAUUAUCGACGCGUGGGACAAUACCGGACCCGAGACACCAAUCGAGAUGAAGGAGUCGUCGUGGAACAAAAGAACAAUGCUCACGGCCAUGCAGCUGCAUAUUGCGCUCUACGGCACAACAACAACAGCAACCCAAAAAGAAAAAACAAGUCAGAUAUACCAUGGAUGCCGACCCGACAAUCCACCCAAAGCAACCAGGCAACCAAUCUGGAAACCAAGAAUACAAGCCUUUCAAGCAUAUGUGGAACGAGGAGGAAUCAUGACCGAGCAAGAUAUGCAAAUGACAUUGUUGCCGCCAGCGGAGGAUUGAAAUCUUCAAUCAUAAACGGUUGCUUCGACAAGGGUCAUCAUGGGGUGCACAGGGAGGGACUGGCUGGUGAUGGGGCCGCCAUGUUGGUUGGCUAUCUGGAGGCUGGGUACAAUUGA